GAGCCGAUAAUGAUUUGUGUUCAACUAUCGAUAGCUCCUUAUGUAAAUGCUCGAUAAAUAUUGCUUGCGUGUUAUAUUGAAACUUUUGACACAAAAGAGGGUCACACUUUGUACAGCAACAACAACGAGAAAGAAAGCAACAACAAAAGUGUGCCUGAGAGAAAUAGCAGCAGACGCUAACUACAUAUUUCACGCAAUUAAACCAAUUUUAACACGCUGUAAUUGCGAUGGGUAAGGAAAAGGCUGGAAAAUCAUUCAACAUCGGUGACUUGGUGUUUGCCAAGGUGAAGGGCUAUCCUGCAUGGCCGGCGAAAAUCACGAAAUGCAUCAACAAAAAGUACAAUGUUUACUUUUAUGGCACCGGAGAAACCGCCAAUAUUAAAUUGGAGGAUCUGUUCACAUAUGUGGAGAACAAGGACAAGUUUGCAACCGAUAAGAAUAUGAAACGGGCAAAGUUUAGCGAUGCCAUAGAUCAAAUUGAGAGCGCAGUACGUGGAGAUGAUUCGGCGCCAAUUGACUUACCAAGCGCGGAUGCGCCAGCCAAUGAAAGUACCGUUGAAGCGACAUCAGAAACUGCAGCAGCUGCAACUGGCGGCGUCGAGGCAACAGAGCCAAGUCAACAAAAGUCACGCGCUGCGACUGGACGCAAAACAAAAGCAAACGCAAAACAUGUGGAUGGAGCGACAGAAGCGAGUAAAACGGACGCACCGCCGCAAAAGAAACGUGUGCCGCCUGAAGGCAUAAACGCGUCGGCUAACAACCACAAAAAAUCUGUAAAGAAAAGUAAGCCUACUGCGGCUAUAACGCCCAUACAGAAACGUUCGCGUCAGGUAAACGUUAUACAGAACAAUAUACUGAUGGUAUAUAUGCCUACAGCCAAGUGUUUGGGCAUUGACCUUAACUACAACAAGCCAGCAAGCUUUGAGAGUCCCGCUGCUGAGGAAGCCUGGGUAGAGAGGGCACGAAAAGAUGCAAUUGAAUUGAAACUAAAACUGGAGUCUGGACAAGUUGAUGCAGAGUCGAUGCCAGAACGCAUUGUCAUUGAGCCCGUGCGUGACGAAAUACCCAAGCAGGAGGCAGUGCGCUUUAUUGAGGAGCUUAUUGAGCAGGAGGAUGCGCUAUUUAUGGAGCGUGAUUUUAUACAAUUAUCACAGCAGCUGCGUGAAUGCUUAGGCUUGCGUCGCGCCAAUGUAGGAAGAUGUCUAGAAAUACUGGAGCAGCUCAAGGAAAUAGAAUUAAAUAGGCUAAUGCUGCUGCGUAAUCCCGAGUGUGUGGAUAUUAUGCGUCGAUUGCGACGCUAUGUAGGCAAUUUGGAUUUAUGGAAAAUGGAUAUAUCUGAUGAGGUAGAAUUCAAAGAAAAAGCGCAAGUUAUACGUAAAGUUUCGUCGGCCAUAUACGAUGGCUUCAAAACUAUCUUCAAUAAUCCCGAAUCAGAACAUGAGGAAAACUUUUGGGUAGAGUUUUGUGAAAAGGUUAAAAUUUACAAAAACUAUACAAAAAAUAUUAAUGAUAAUUUACGCGUUUCGAUGAGCGAGAAAAGUUACGAGUGCUUGGUCAAGGCCAAGGAACAGAUUACCGCGUCUGCUGUGGCGGCGAAUAAGUAACAUUUACAGAAACAAAAGGCGCGAAAACGGUUCCAUACACCUUAAGGUGCGUGUUUCCAUUUGCAUUGACAAAAUUAUGUUUUAUAUUUUUUUAAACUACUUGCAGUUAUUAUUAAGUUUAAAACUCGCGGAGUUUUUACUGUUAAUCCUUCAGAGAAAGAGAAAGAAGAGAGAGAGAGAGAAAGCGCAGAGCAAGAAGUUUUAAUUGUCAAGCUAUCACCGUCUGCUGCACUUUUGCUAUUAGAUAUAAUGAAAAAACACCACACACACGUAAAACCAAUUCAUUUAAAUAAUUAUAUAACUUAAAUAAGCUUAAAAACAACACAACUAUGAAAGUAAGUGUGUAAUUCUAAUCGAUAAAUGAAAUAAACUC